CGCCUCUCGACGAGCGGGCGCCGCGACUCCCGAGGAGGGAAGGGGCCUGGUUUGCCGAAGCUGGAACCGGCCCUCCUCCCCGCCCGGGACUGCCUGAAUAAACGUCUGAGGGCGGCCGAGCGACCUCCUCGCCGGAGCGUGACGUCACAAGCGGGCACUGGCGUCGAGGCUGAGGCGGGGGCAGCGGUCAAGGGCAGGCCGGCUGCGUGCUGCAGGUCGCCGUCUCGGAGGGUCACCAGCCGCAUCCCCGGAAUGGCCGCCGCCCACUGUCCCUGCUGCGCGGAAUUUCUGCAGAGCAUGGAGUGGCCAAGUAAGGUUUUCUGUCACUGUCCUAUAAAAUCUUCAGACAACACAAGCUAUUCAGCAUUAAAUUUCUCUUCAAGGAAGAGACAGUCCCUUGCUUAUUUCCUUGGAAACCCACACUAUGGGAGCCUCAUUAAUGCAGAUGGCCAUGGGGAAGUGUGGAUAGAUUGGAAUGAUAUGUCCAAGUUUUUCCAGUAUGGAUGGAGAUGCACCACCCACGAGAAUGCCUAUUCGAACCAAACCCUGAUGGGCAACUGGAACCAAGAAAGAUAUGAUCUAACGAAUAUCGUGCAGCCCAAACCCUUGCCUUCCCAGUUCGGACACUACUUUGAAACAACGUAUGAUACAAGCUACAACAACAAAAUGCCGCUUUCAACCCAUAGAUUUGAGAGAGCGCCUCACUGGUUCCCAGGGCAUCAGCCUGAGCUGGAUCCUCCUCAGUAUAAAUGCACAGGAAAAUCAACUUACAUGAAUAGCUACUCGAAGCCUCCAACUGGGGAUUGUGCUAUGUGUUUGUGGAACCCAAAUAACCGCCCAUUUCAGGGCCCAGGAUUCUGAGAAAAAGUAAGAAGCUGCAUUUUUCCCAGAGGAGAAUGUGAGGGAGUACAUUCUAAGCACAACUACAGACUCAGUUGACUAUGGCACAGUUUCACUUGAAAUAAAGAAAGCUCAGAAAACA